AUGAGCUCAUCUCCCAGUGUGGAAGAGCUUUUGAAGCGCAAUGCCAAACGAGUUGAAACAUUUGAACCUUUUUUGUCCUUGAGCGAAAUAUACUCUCUGCCACCUGAAUGGAGCUUGCCAAUGCCAAAGAUUUUCAUUGAUCCUUGGGACAUCCUAGGUCUUUCAAAAUGGGAUGCUGUUGUUACUCGCGGUGCUGCUGGCCGUAUGGCCUCACAAUUUAAUAACCUGCUCUUCCUCGACCAUGUUUUGAAUUUUACUGAUAUUAUGAUCAUGCAUCAUACAGACUGCUCGGCAGAGUUUUUUUCGAAUGCCGACGUUUGCCAGGGGAUAGCUCAUCGGGCACCGGAUGCCAAGGAGAGUGUUGCCAGUCUUAAGCUUCCGGGGUUUGAAGACCUUGAGCGAAGUGUUCAAGAGGAUGUGCAACUUGUUAAAAACUCGCCACUCAUUCGAAAGGAGCUUGCCGACCGAACUCGAGGCUUUAUAUACGACCUUACCACUGGGGAGGUUAAGCGAGUUCCUGAAUCAAGUCCAGCAUGA